GUGCCUUGAAUCUGUAUGCUUAGUUUUCAGAGCCCUUAAUACCUAACUAUCAAAAAACGUGUAUAUUCACAGUCUAUAUGAAAGAAUAGACGGCUUGCGAUAAAAUCCCUGAACUAUAAAAAAAAAAAAAAAAAAAAAAAGUUACAAAUAAACUAAGAUGCGUCUGGAGAAGGGGAUUAUUAGAACCAUGAUGCUGUAAGGGGUAGGAAUGAAACCCUGUUCUGUACUCCCCAGGUUCUGCGCAGACCCUGAGAAUCCCUGCAACGAAGGGAGCGGAUGCUCAUCCCUGUGCCCCGAGCGCGUCUUGAAAAUGACCAGAUUGAUGUUGGGCAGGACGCUGGAAAGGAUCUGCAAGGCCGUCCUCCUACUCUGUCUCGUGCACUUCCUCAUUAUGAUGAUUCUGUACUUUGACGUCUACAGCCAGCGCUUUGACAUCUUCAGUCGCUUCAGUGGGCGCAACUUCUCACGGACACAUCACUAUUACAACCUCUCGCGUCCCAAUGGCACUUUUCCCACCUACCUGGCUGCAGGGGACCACUUCCUGCCCAGCACCAAGCCCGAAACUAACUACACGCCCUCCAUCAAGCCUGUACCGCCAUGCCCUGAAGUGCCACCUGGGUUAGUUGGCCGCUUGCUUAUCGAGUUCAGCUCUGCCAUGACACUGGAGAGAGUGCAGAAGGAGAACCCGGACGUGACAAACGGGGGGAAGUACACUCCUCCGGAUUGUAAAGCCAGGCAGAAGGUGGCCAUUAUCAUCCCUUACCGGCACAGAGACCACCAUCUCAAGUACUGGCUGCACUACCUCCACCCCAUUCUCCGUCGACAGAAGAUUGACUACGGGGUCUUUAUUAUCAACCAGUAUGGAGAGGACACAUUCAACAGAGCGAAGCUGCUGAACAUCGGAUAUAAAGAAGCCCUGAAGGAUGCAGAGUAUGAUUGCUUCAUAUUCAGCGAUGUGGACCUGAUCCCCAUGGAUGAUCGCAACCUGUAUCACUGCUAUGACCAGCCGCGGCACUUUGCCAUCGCUAUGGAUAAAUUCGGGUUCAGGUUACCUUACGCUGGUUAUUUUGGAGGGGUUUCGGGUCUCAGCAAAGUCCAGUUUCUAAAAAUCAACGGUUUCCCAAAUGAGUACUGGGGCUGGGGCGGUGAGGAUGACGAUAUUUAUAACAGGAUCACGCUGAAUGGAAUGAAGGUCUCCCGUCCUGACGUGCGGAUCGGACGAUACCGGAUGAUAAAACAUGAGCGAGACAAGCACAACGAGCCCAACCCGCAGAGGUUCAACAAAAUCCAAAACACCAAGGCCUCAAUGAAGCGUGACGGCAUUAACUCAUUGCAGUACCGUGUUCUGGAGGUCACCAAGUACCCACUCUUCACCAACAUCACCGUGGAGAUCGGCAAACCACCGCCACGCCCCCCUAGAGGAUAGACCUUCCCCGAUUCAGGGAUGCAAAUCUCAGACACCAACAUACAAACACAUCCCCCUGCUGUUCUCUUCUCACCUUGCUUGCCAGGGUACAACCAAAAGGGAAGCCUUAACCAGUGGCCGAGCUUUGAGGGGCUGCAGAUCCCUUUGAGAAGGCACAAACCCUGUGCUUCACAGACUCAAUACAAAACCCUGUGUUUGGCCUCCCUGGAAUGCUUCAUCAUUGGGGUAAAUUAGUUAUGCAACCCCUAUCUUUGUAACUAACCUCUGCAUAAUGUUACACAUUGAGUGUAGUCCUGAAUGCAAACAGGGGAGUGGUCAUAACUCAAAUGUUUUUCUUUUCCUUGUUUUGUUUACAAUAUAUCCGGCUUCUGUGGUAAUUCAAGCUACAAAAACAUCAUACCGGAAACUAAUCAACAAUCUUUGUUUAUUAUCAUUUUUUGAAGAUUUUUUAAAGACUUUCUGUGGGCAACAUACUGUACAGAUUGUUUUAUUAGUUUACCCAGGGUUUAAUAUCUUAGAAUAUCUUGACAGCUUUGUUUUUCUUUAUCCUUUGAAUGGUCUGAUACAAUCUAUCUCUCAUCUAUCUCUUUUUAUUUAUUUAUUUUUUUAUAAAAAACAACAAACUGAAAUAUUCAAUUGAAUGUGUCCCUGUGGUUGCCUCAUUCAAAGCUUUAUUGGCAUCAGUAUUAUUUUUAAAUACAAAUGCAGGGCUUUGUCUUGCUCAGUGAAGGACUAUGUGAAAUGGAUUUUCUGUCCAGUGCAGCCCAGUUUUAUUUUAAUAGAUCUGACAAGUUGUAAAAAGAGGAAUUAAGACUGCAAAGGAAAAGGGUCUAGUUCACAAAGAACUGAUCCAAAGAUUGACUGGAGCUGACAGGACUGAUGCUCAAGAAUAUCAAACAACUGGAAUACACCUAGUGGCCAACCAUAUGUCAAUAACACUGAGGCUAAUCUGGGUGUGCCUUUAUUCCUGCUAGGUUGCUGCUGAAACUCCAUAUUCAGAAUAUUGAUUUUUAUAUGUGGCAUGUGCAUUGCAAGACUAUUGUCUAUUAGGUAUUUAUGGAGACAUCAGCUGAUGGUUUGAUUAUAAUUAAUCUAACAGUUUUCAUGGGAAUUAUAGUACACUAUCUGAAAACAGAUUUUGUUUUUCACUUUAUUUUGCAGAAUAACUCUUUUUAUAUAACAAUAACCUAAUGAACAAACAAAACAGUUUUAAUGUCUUUAAUUCACCGCCUUUUUUCAGAUUUCUUUUCUUUUUUUUUUUUUCUGUACUGCCUAAACACCAAACCGAUGCCUUCAGAAUUUUUAUGUGGGGCAAACGACUGGGAAUGCUGCAUUCUGGGGUAUUUUUGUAUUAAUGUUGUGUGUAGUGAAGUGAUGUGGAAGUCUUUCUCUUUUGUACUAUUAUCUUGGCUUGGCUCAAAAGAUUUCAAGUAUUCAGAAAGCUUUCCCUUUUUGUUUUAAAACGUCUGUUAACAAACGCUUGCAUUUUCUUUUUUUUCUCUCCCAACUCUUUCUGCAUUCUAUAUCAUAAAUGCCAUUCAACUGCCCAGUUCAACAGGAUAAUGGUAUCUUUAUCUGGUUGAAGUUGCACUGUUUAGAAAUGCAUAUUAUAAUAUUAGAUAUUAAAUCUUAUAAUAUUUACCUUUUUUUUUUUUUUUUUAAAUCGGAAAACCAAAAUCCCUUUUCUUGCUUUUUCUUAUGACUGGUAAUCUUAGUUCUUCACUUUUAGAAGGUUUUUAUUCUUCAGGUUUUAGGAACUUAUGUUGCAAAUUUUCUGACUACAACUGCCAGGAUAUAUCCACCUAGAUACUGAGGACAUUACCUGUCAGGGUAUCAAUUGUACUACAUCAAUAAAUCCCCAACAUAUAGAAAUCCAGUACAUACAUUGUGAGGUAGUUAUUACUUAAAAAUGUGAAUGGGUGAUCGGUCUGAAUGACGUACCUAUCAGCGUCCUGCUCGCAACUCUUCAUCAGCAGUCUGUAACUGUCUGGUAAUAGUUAUUCAUACAUUAAAUCUUACCCAAUAAGCAGUAAUGCAUCGUUAGCCUAUAACUACAUUAACCCACGUGUGGAAAUGUACUACACUUUUAAGCUAUGAAGGCAAACAAAAAAGUGAACAAUAGUUAUGCGGGAGAAAGUACACAUAUAUUUAGGAACUAAUGCUUUAAGUGUAUAUAGAACAGAUUGGUCAACAGCUCUAAAAAUACUGUAUUCCAGGCAGUCUUCUUAAACGAAUACUUGUUUGCAAAUAUUUAAGUGUUAUUACACAUUGUAGCUGUGAAAGAAUGUAAUACUUGAUCUAGAUGUGUGAAUUGGGUUAAUGAGUUGUAACUGUGCCACAAAAUGCAUUAAAAAACAAUUUGUAUAUUAAAUAAAAAUCAUUUUAAAAAAAGAAAGGGUUUCAUUGGAGCCAAGGUAUUGUGAAAAUAUCUAGAAAUAUAUUUGGAGGGUCUUUUAUUGGUGACUUGCUUCAGGAUAUACCAUUAACUUAGUGAGAAAUUGAAAUAUCAAAAAAAACUGUUGGUAACUUGUGUUGUAAUUAUACUGUAAUUGUAUUGAGUGAAUUGCAGUUUAAUUAUAACAUAUUUAAUCCUAUUUAAAAUAGUGUUACAAAAGAGUUUGAGACGUUCAGUUCCUGGUUUCAUAGGCCUUCUUGAUUCAAAGAGAAAGUAAUGUAACUUCCAUCAGCUCGGGACAAAUAUAUUUCUAUUAUAAUUGUAAUCUGCCUGCAGCACAUAGCCCUCGAGAAUCAUUUUUCUGUACUGUCACUGUAUUAUUUUGCAAUUAAAGAUCACCAGUGUGUUAGAUGGGUGUGCUAGAAAAUGUGCAAUCACAAUGCAUGUAAUUCUAACACUGGUUUCUCUUUUCCAUAAUUUAAUAUCAAAAUUGCACUUGGUCAUUGUUGCAAGAAUCACUGAGAGAAACAUCUUAAAAGCAACAUUUAAAUUACAAUGUAUAGGAUCUGCUGUUAAAAUUAUUCAAACAUAUUAGUGGCCACAAAAACGCUGCUAGAUCUUUUUCGUUUACACAAAUUUAUUUGCUCAGCAUUCCUAAAAGUAGGGAUUCAUUCUCCAUUUUUAAAGUCACACACACACAGUUAUUUGUUA